AUGCAGGCCAAUGGUAUCUGCAACGUAAUUAUACCAGACGCGAAGGACCUAGGGAGAGCGCUGUGCAUCAUCACCGGGGCGUCCAAAGGAUUUGGCCGAACCAUAGCGAAAGAGAUUUCUCUGUUACUUAAACCGAGGUCGGUGCUUGUUUUGGCCGCUCGCUCCGAUGACAAAUUGCGGGAACUCCAGGAAAAUUUGGCUUCGUCGGAUGCGGGCAAGGCAGGGUUGGUAACUCGUUGUGUUGUCGUAGACCUGGGAAUGAAAGAAGGGGUGGAAAGUGUCAUCAGGGCGGCGAAAGAGAUUUCCUCCGAGGAUAUUGAACAUCUCAUACUGAUAAACAAUGCUGCCUCUCUGGGAGACGUGUCGCGCUAUGCCCAGAGUUUCACCAACAUGGCGGAGGUGGACUCCUACCUGUCACUCAACGUAAGCUCCGCCCUCAGCCUGACAGCCGGCCUGCUGCAGGUGUUCCCACGACGACAGGGGCUGCGGCGCUGUGUAGUCAACGUGAGCUCGUUGUGUGCCCUGCAGCCCCUCCCCUCCUGGGUGCUGUACUGCACAGGCAAGGCAGCCCGAGACAUGAUGUUCCGUGUGCUGGCAGAGGAGGAGCCGGACCUUCGUGUACUCAACUAUUCCCCAGGUCCCCUGGACACAGACAUGCAGGUGGAGGCCAGGGACUGCACGGCAGACCCUGGUGUGAGGAAGUCCUUCUCAGUCAUGCUCUCCCAGGGUCAGCUGCUCACCUGUGAAGACUCCUGUGCUAAACUGAUGAAGGUGCUGCUGGAGGAUGAAUACACCUCCGGAGCACACCUUGAUUUCUAUGAUCUGUAGGGAGAGGGGGGAACUAGAAGACACAGUGUGGCUCAGACUGGAGAUACUGAAUAUUUCUGGUGUAGGUACAAUUUUAUAGCCAGAACAACUGGUACAGAUUAGUUAGUUCGCCAAAGAUGGUUUUGGGUUAAUAAGAUCUGAUUCUAAACCAGUUUUCGAAGGUGGUAAGGAUUGAGUGAACCUUUUACUGAAUCAGGAGACAUGGAGAGAAGGAAGGUUGAAGAUGUUUCUGUCAUCCAAUGCCAUAGGCCUACUGUAGUUACUGAGUUUGGCAAGCUAUCCUGAGUCAAUGUUAGGGCCUAACAUUCCAUCCCAUGACAGUACUGUUCUAAUUUGCCUUGGAACUUUUGGUACCAAAAUAGCAUAUAUUAAAGUUCUUUAUCUCAAACAAAGUU